ACCGCGGGGGGAUCGCGUGCUUGCCUUGCCAUGCUGCGCCGCACGCACACUGCUCUAUUUACUACACCGCUCAUAAUCGUCGUUAUCGAAUUGUUUCCGAGUAGUACACGCGUACACAACAGCUGAACAUGACCGUGCGCGACUUACGAACUCAAGUUUCAUUCAUCAAAACUCUAUUCUGACAAGUGACGAAAAUGAUAUGGACACAGUGCCGUUUAAAAUGAUAAUUAACGCGAUAUUCUUUUGUUUAGUGAUGGGCGCGGCGCUUACGGAAGCGCCUGACGAUGCAGAUGUUUGUUUCCGUGUGUCCGGUGAGAAUGGUGUGGUGGAGUGCAACGUACGAACACUGUCGUCGGACAGGGACGUCGCCGGUUCGAUGCACUCGGAUGGCGCGGAGCGGCUCGCGAUCCGAUGCAGCCCGCUGCUGCUCGAGAGCACGCUGCGAGAUCACCACUUCGGAAGAAUGCAAGGUUUGGCGGAGAUAACCAUAGAUAACUGCAAAAUAUUAAGACUCCCCGGCAAUGUCUUCGAGGGAUUACGAGGCUUGAAAACAUUGAACAUUCGUACUAUGAACAACGAGUGGAGCAACAAUAAAGAAUUGGAACUUUCUUUGGGAGCUUUCAACGGGCUGAGGGAGCUGCACACGUUAGACUUAGGUCACAAUAACAUCAGAAAGAUACCUUCAGACCUGUUCUGUGCACUGGAAAACAUAAUUUCUCUUAAUUUAACGCAUAACAAAAUCAAGUUUGUCGAUGAACUGGGUUUCGGUCAUAAAUGCGGGUCCACAUUACAGACUAUAGAUUUAAGUCAUAACGACAUCAUGUCGCUGCCAGCUGACUCCGAAAUUUUACAUUUACGCCGGUUGACACAGUUAUUUCUUCAGAAUAAUAAAAUAAAUGAGCUGCCAGGCGAAGUUUUUAGUGACUUACUCUCGUUAAAAGUUGUGAACCUUUCGGAUAACGCUAUUAGUUAUUUGCCGGAUGGUUUAUUUUAUAAUACUAGAGAAAUUCGAGAAAUUUAUAUACAAAAUAAUGAACUGGAAACUUUGCCUAAGAGAAUAUUCAAUCGGUUGGAACAAUUGCUCGUUUUAGAUCUUUCGGCGAAUAAAUUGAAGAGCGACCACAUAGAAGAUGAAACGUUCGGUGGUCUAAUAAGAUUAAUCGUGCUCGACCUGUCCCAUAACACGGUCGCACGAAUCUCACGCAACAUGUUCAAAGACUUGUUCUUUUUACAAAUUUUGAAUCUAUACAACAACUCCAUAGGGUUCAUAGAGGAUAAUGCGUUUUCACCGCUUUUUAAUCUACACACGUUAAACUUAGGUCAGAAUAAGUUACAAGCUAUUGAAGAUCAUGUAUUUAAUGGAUUGUUUAUAUUGAAUAAAUUAAAUUUAAAUAAUAACUUACUAUCUUAUAUAAGUGAAAAUGCAUUUGGAAAUUGUUCAGAUUUGAAAGAAUUAGAUCUAAGUUCUAAUAAGAUUGCGAAAGUCCCUGACGCAAUUUUACAGUUACCGUUCUUGAAAUCUUUAGACUUGGGUGAAAAUCUUCUGACAGAAGUUACAAACACUUCAUUCCAAAAUCUAUCUCAACUGACUGGGUUGCGAUUAAUCGACAAUCAAAUUGGAAACCUUACUGCGGGCAUGUUCUGGGGCAUGCCGAGCCUGCAAGUACUCAACUUGGCCAAAAAUAAAAUACAGUCGAUCGAAACUGAAACCUUUCAAAAGAAUACUCAAUUGGAAGCCGUGCGUUUGGAUGGUAACUUCAUUUCUGAUAUCAACGGGGUGUUUGUGGCACUAACUAAACUGUUGUGGCUUAAUUUAUCCGAGAACCAUUUAGUGUGGUUUGACUACGCAUUCAUUCCGGGAAGCUUGAAAUGGUUGGAUAUCCAUGCUAACUUCAUUGAAAUUCUUGGUAAUUAUUACAAAAUUCAAAAUGAACUUCACGUCAAAACAUUAGACGCAAGUCAUAACCGUUUAGUGACCCUGUCCCCAAUGUCGAUUCCAAACAGCGUUGAGCUUUUGUUUAUAAACAACAAUUUUAUCACAAGUAUAGAGACGGAUACAUUCCUUGAGAAGAGAAAUUUAACUCGAGUGGAUAUGUAUGCCAAUGAGAUCGAAAGUUUGGACAUAAAUAGUUUGCGCAUUUCGAGAGUGGCAGAUGAACGGGCAUUGCCGGAGUUUUACAUUAGCGGCAAUCCCUUUCGUUGCGAUUGCACAAUGAAAUGGCUCUUACUCAUCAAUUCCAUUACGUCUCGAGAAUACCCGCGCGUGAUGGACUUGGAAAAUGUAAUCUGCAAGGAAUCCUACGUACGCGGCGUGAAAUAUCUCCCGGUCAGUUCCCUCCACAUCAAAGACUUUUUGUGCAAAUACGAUAGUUACUGCCCUGAUGGUUGUCAUUGCUGUGAUUUCAAUAACUGUAACUGCAAAACACUGUGCCCAAUUAAUUGUUCGUGUUAUCACGAUUCCGCGAAAAGCACUAGCGUCGUUGAUUGUUCUGUUAAACAAUUGAAAUCAAUACCUCAGAAUUUUCCUGUAGAUGCAACUCAUAUAUAUUUAGAUGGUAAUAUUUAUAGUGAACUUAACGAAUCUGUUUUCGAUUCAAUGCGUAAAGCCGUCGUCGUGUAUCUGAAUUCCAGUAACAUAAUAAAUAUACAGAACAAUACGUUCAGCCAGCUAAGAGAUCUGAGGAUCCUACACUUGGACAACAACAAACUGAAACAAUUACUGGGUCUCGAGUUUUCAAAGCUAAGCAACUUAAAAGAACUGUAUCUUCAAAGUAAUUUAAUUGAGUACAUUUCUAAUGAAACUUUUUCCCUUUUGGGAGCUCUAGAAGUUUUGCGCCUGGAUGGAAACAGACUCGUGAAUUACGGUCUGUGGCACUUAGACAAUAACAAAAAGCUACAAACAUUGUACAUUGGCAGUAACAACUGGUUCUGUGACUGUAAAUAUUUGCAAGGCUUUUUAACUUACGUGUCGCAAAAUGUCGAAAAGAUUAUAGAUAUUCCCAACUUGUGGUGUGUGAAUGAGAACAUGAACCCGGCAAAGAAGCCAUUGAAUUUAAAUGUGACAGUUUGCAGUGAAAUAAGCGAUCCUUCGAUGAUAAGCGCGUUCUUCGUCUCUCACAAUUUGCCAUUAUUGGCUUCGGCUUUGACUGGGUUCAUGCUUAUUUUAUUAAUAUUAGCUUUAGUAUUCACAUUUAGAUACGCUUGUAGGAUGUGGUUGUAUUCGAAUUGCGGAAUUAAGCUCUCCCCUCUAGCGGGCGCUUUUAAGGAUGCUGAUAAGCUUUACGACGCAUAUAUUUGUUAUAGCCCUAAAGACGAGGAGUUUGUCGUGGAAUCGCUCGCUCGUGAAUUAGAGACCGGUUAUCCGUCGUACCAUCUCUGCCUACACUACCGAGACGUUCCGCAGUUCGAAGCCACGUACGCGCAGUUCCCCGACUUGGUGGUCGAGGCCACCGAGGCGUCGAGGCGUAUCAUAGUAGUUUUAACUAAGAAUUUUAUCUCAACUGAGUGGUCACAGAUAGAGUUCCGACAAGCUUUACAGAAAGCGCUACAAAAGAAUCCACAUAAAUUAAUAAUAGUGAGUGUAGGGCUCAUCCCACGAGAUCCGGAGUUGAAGUCAUAUUUCAAAACGGGUUUGGAAAUAACGUGGAAAGAGAAACGGUUUUGGGAGAGGUUACGUUAUGCCAUGCCGUCAUCUAAACGACACGGACAGAAGUUGAAAAGGCUAAAUUAUGGAAGAAAUUCUAACACAUAUACAAUGGACGCGUCGGUGCUGAACAGUACCUGCCAGACUCUGUGCGGCAAGUCCGCCAACUCGGCGGAGCGGUCCCCGUGCGACCGGCCGCUGUCCGAGCACAUCUACUCCACGAUAGACUCCGACUACUCGUCCACCGACUUCCAAGGGCGGCACAAUCAGCCGCAAUCUGUCGUAUUUCAGCACACUGUUCAAACGUACCUGGUAUGAAGGACCUCAUUUAACAUUAACCCAAACGAUCUCUUAAAUAAUUGAUCUGUAGGCCUUAGUCUUAGCCUUAGGCGAACGCUAAAGAACUUGUUUUGUUAUAGACGAAAAUCGUCCGAAGUUGUAAAUAUUUAUAAAACUUUAUAAUCUACGAGUAUCUUUAAUAGCAUUAUGUGUAACUUUUGUACAAUAACGAUACCAAAUUUUUCGCAUUUGAAAAGGUUUGCUUCUUCGUAUUUAUUACUUUUUUAAAAUGUUUUAAGUAUUAUUCGGAAAGACUGUAAAUUAUUGUGUAGUUGUAAUUCAAUUGGCUGAUGUUUGUAUAGAUAUGUAAUUAAAGAAGUUUAUAAACGAAAA